UAAGAAGACAUUAAGUAAUUUGUAUAUGGUCAAUACAAGAUCUACUAAAUUCGAGAAAGAAAUGGAUACAUCCGGACCACCAGAAUGGUUUUUAAAAAUGGAAGAGUUAAAAGAGAAACGUAGGCAAGAAGAGAAAGAAAAUGAAGAGAAACGUAGGCAAGAAGAGGAGGAGAGGCGUAGACAAGUAGAGGUAGAAAUAAUAAAUAGUUUGUCACAAAUUCAAGAAAGUUUUACAUUAGAGUAACGAAUGUCGAAUCUGAAACAGCCCCUUCAUCUUCACAUCCCCUAAAUCUUCUUGAAUCAGGCACAAUCAGAAAUAGCAAAAUUUUGAAACCAC